GACCUGGCUUGACUAAGCUUUUUUACGGAGGUCAAGUAGCAAAAACCAUUUUCAGCAUAGAACCUCUAUCACCUUUCUUCCAUCGCAAUGCAGUUCUCAAAAAUCAUAAAAGCUGGCUUACGGGUGGCUUCAGUAUCGCAGAGAGCUCGCUUCUCUGCUUCUUUGCCUGCAAUUACCCAUUUCCAGCCUCUACAGUCAUCCUCUCCACUUUUCUCCGGGCGGAGGUUUCUGUCAACAUCACAGCCAUUGCGCGAGGAAUAUCUGCGCGAGGAAUCUGAGGACGGAGGAUUGGAAAAGGGAGAAGGCUUCAAACGAAAAUUUCCCCCUGCCGAAACGCUUUUCGUCGGGAACCUACCUUUUGCAGCCAGCGAGGAUGACCUCCGGACCAUAUUCUCGCCGUUUGGCAAUGUGAAACGCGUAAAUAUUGCUGUACACCCCGACGGUACCCAACGCGGCUAUGCGCAUGUAGAAUUCAGCUCAAAAGAAACCGCGAUUCGUGUCAUUGAAUCCGACAAGGAAGAUCCCAUAUAUUUCCUGAGUAGGAAUCUUGUGCUCGACUUCGCCCCACCUAGAUCAAGAGUGUUUAAUGAGCCAUAUCAUACUCUUUAUCUCUUCGACUUCAGAGGCGAAGAGAAAGAUAUUGAGGAGCUUUUUGCACCUUGGUCGGAAGACAUUAAGAGGGUCACUCUGCUGCGUGACGGAGCCACAGGUAGGUCAUACGGCAAUGGCUUUGUCGAAUUUACGGAUAUCGACGUGGCUGCGAAAGUCCUGGAGUCUAUGAAUAACCGUAAAAUGCCCAAUGGGUGGUCCCUGAACCUGAACUUUGCUCACCCUCCGAGGUCCCGCAACACAGACCGGAAUGAAUAUGGGAUGCGGAAAAAGGAGUUUGGCCAGGGAAAGAAGUCAUUUAAGAGGAGAUCCCCUGGCUCGUUUGGUGGCGAUCGGGGAGGUCCAAGGCGUUCCGAUGAUUGGGUCGAUUCAUGAAGAUGUCCUGUGGCGUUUUGUGGGAGGGACUUGCUUUGGUAUCUUUUUCAACCAUCUUACCACGUAAUCAUAUUUUUGACAUAUGUCAACUUCAUACGCACCAGCGGUUUAACAAUUUCCAAAACUGUACACGGCCCUAUCUGCUCUUGAAAAAUAUUGAAA